CUACUUGCUUCUGAUUACCUCUUCUCAUUGGCUGACAUAGCAAAUAGGGGAAGGCAUCUGCCAGCACCAUCAGUGGAAUUAAAUAUAGGAGGUCCCAUCGCAGUAACACACUGCAUUCUGAAGGGAAUAGUUAACCAGUUAGUAUCUAUCCCUGAGAGGUGAAGAUGGUAAAUCAGCUCUUCAUCUGCGGUGCCCUCUUCUUUGCCAGUCUUCAUGGGAUUCAUUCUCUUAAAAUCUGUUCCUUUAACGUGAGGUCAUUCGGAAAAUCAAAGGCACUCAAAGAAGGGGUCCUGGAUGUGCUUGUGAAGAUAAUAUCUCGUUGUGAUCUAUUGUUGAUGAUGGAAAUCAAGGAUAGAAGUAACAAAUCUAUUCCUGCACUCAUGGAAAAACUGAACAAUCAAGGCAACAGAAAUGAAUAUGAAGUUAUUAUGAGUAAACGUCUGGGGAUGGGAAGCUACAAAGAACAGUAUGCAUUUAUUUACAGGUCUAAACUAUUAUCACUGAAAAACAGCUAUCAAUAUCCAGAUUCCUCAGCAGAAACUGGGGAUGUUUUUGCGAGAGAACCAUUUGUGGUAUGGUUUUCAUCACGCUAUACCUCUGUGAAAGAUUUUGUCAUUAUUCCUCUGCACUCGGUGCCGCUCGCCGCCGUCUGUGAAAUUGAUGCAUUGUACGAUGUUUACUUGGCGAUGAAGCAACGCUGGAGAGCAAAGUACUUCAUAAUUAUGGGAGACUUCAAUGCAGACUGUGGCUACGUCCCCAAGAAGGCAUGGAAAAAUAUCAGACUGCGAAAUGAUACCAAUUUUGUCUGGCUAAUUGGAGAUGAAACUGAUACAACAGUAAAGGAAAGCACAAACUGUGCGUAUGACAGGAUUGUAUUUCGUGGUGGAAAGUUAGUAAAUGCAGUCGUUCCAAAUUCAUCCAAAGUAUUUAAUUUCAUGGAAGCUUACGGCUUGACUGAAAAACAGGCUCUGAACGUGAGUGACCACUUUCCCGUGGAAGUUGAUCUGCUGGAGUCCUAUGGCUUUUAUAGCUGGCUGAAGUCUCACAAAGGUCAAAAAGGGUAGAAAGCGACUCACAUAACGGCUACUUCACCUCUCUGUGGAAUGAGAGCAUAUUCCAUCUAUUAUCAGUUUUAAGCUUCACGGUAACUUAUUAUUUGCUUUAACUCUUAAGUUGCCAGCUCAAGAAUUUAUUAUAAGCAAUACACAAAAUUUGUAUAACUCAAAAGAGUCAUUCAGAGCCGAUUCCAGAGGAACGAUUUCCUUCCAAUCAACACCCAAUAUCAUCUCAAAAAAUUGAUUUCUUGGGUAAGCAUUUGGCUCCUUUGUUUCUAACAUCACAACAGGGACAAUCUGUUUGAAAUGUUUUACUCACUGUAAGCUUCUUUUAUGGGGCCUUGGGGUGAGGAGAGGGGUUGCAUCCUGAGGUCAUAGAAGAGGUUAUUUAAAUACAAACUUUUUCUCCCCCAGACAUUCCCUUAUUGUUCCAGAAACACAUCAGGGCCCAAUUUCAUGCAAAGUCUUAGAAAACUCCAAUUCCUUGAUCUUUUUCACUAACUAUAUCCUAGCAUUAGGGUUUUGCAAGUUCUCAGUAAGAUCUCUAUUACUUCAUUGUUUCACUCCAUUUUAUCUAAAUCAUCCCUCUGUGAUGAUAUGUGCCAACAUUGAAUUCUCAGAGCUCCAGAGUAUUCUGACUCCAUACACAGGCUGACCCUAUUUUCCAGUUACUGCAGCCUCAAUUCUAAUGGAGCAAAGUUCAGGCAUUCAAAUGUAUUGGGCUCUGCGGAGAGAACUGUAAGCACUGUUAACUCUCUUACCUCAAUUGUAAGCCAACUAUUAACCACUAACCUAGAACAGAUGGAAAGCGAUAGCAAGCCAGGGGAAAUCUGGACAAAGUGGAAGAGUUUUCUUGCAACAUCAUCUAAAAUGCUUAGGUUAGCACUGGAAAGUUCACAGAACAGGAUGUUAAUUUCAACUAACACAGAAAGGAAAGUGUGGUUAACUUGACAUGGCAUGGACCAUGUUCAGUGAUAGGAGAGGAAUUCUAUAUUAGGCAUAAUAUCAAAAAAUUUCCAUUUUAACUUCCUACUUGUAAGUUAAUGCAACAUGUCAUGUUUCAGAAAGAAAUUGCUUUUAAAAAAUGUAUAUAAUUAUGAUUGACCAUGAGCUAUUAAAAUUAAAAAAUUGUUGAUGGUUUGUCAAUGCAAAAUGUGAACAUUCUGCAUUAGCACUGCUUUAUCGUAAUGUAUAUUAGGCACUUCCACUUUUGAAUCAGAUUCUGAAUAAAUUACAUGCAAAUCAAUUA